AUGGCCAGCCUCCGAAGUGAGCUCACUUCCAUCCAGUGUGGUGAGCUUGAGGACAAGCACGGUUGGAUGAAGGAGAUCUGCGAUGCUGUGGACACUUCCUUCUCUGAGGAGUAUUCGCCACCCGCCGUGUCUCUUGCCCCUGGCAUGGUGACGGCUGAGGCGGGUGACGACUUGCUUGCAUGCUACUGCACAGCCAAGGGAACCGUGCAGAAAAUGGGGAGUGAAGCCAUGCAUGGUCUGGAGCGAUCUCUGCUGGAACACGUCGUGAGCACUGACGUGGCGACUGCCCACAGCACCGGCGGUGAGUUCUCAGGCGGCUACAGUGCACUUCGAAUAGCUAGGAAUCUGCCGGACGGCGGCAAACUCCUCAGCGUGGAGAAGGACGAGCUGUUCGCUGCAAUUGCAACAAAGAUCAUCGAGUUUGCUGGGUUGGACUCAAAGGUGAAGAUUUGGAUGGGUACAGUUCAUUCCGAGCUGGUGAACAUCACAGACAGGAUGGAGAGGCAGCCUGCAGAUUUUGUUCUCGUGGACCAUUCAAAGGAGCGAUAUGUUCCGGACCUCAAGUUACUGGAAGACUGUGGCGUCAUUGACAAAUCAACAACCGUGGUUGGCGAUGUCGAAGUGUACCCUGGAGACGAGAGGUUGCCGAAGGCCAUUCAGCAAGAGAUCAGCGAAUACUUCAGCGACAGGGAGUUCGCACUGGCUUCGAUGGCCUGCCUGCUGCAAGUGGAAGAUAGCUGCCGAGACGACCCGCGCUUCAUAUCGUUGACGAACCAGGACACGCGCUGCAAGUAUCAGUACUACCGUGCCCAGUGCGCAUGCCCUGAGUCGCAGUUGGAGGACCCGCUCAAAUCUCCAGAGUCUAGAUCUCCAUGUCCCGGUAUUGAACUUGGGAAUUCCGUCCGCUUCGGAGGCUGGAGGUGGGAAGAAGCAAGCAUCAUGUACGGCAAGGACAACUAUGCGAUGCAGCAAGGAUAUCCAUAUGGUGCUUAUGCCGAUGAGUUGGGGCCGUCGAAGCCGCUCAUGGGACCACCGCAGACGAUGACUCGGCAGCGCAUCAACUUGAUUGGCAUCAUUAUGGCGCUGUUUGUGCCGUGGUUCGUGUUCAUCGCCAUGUGCGGACUGUGGUGCUUCAAGUUGCGGUACACAUCGCCUGGAGUGGUGAUCGUCAUCACGCUCGCCCUGGGAAUUCUUCUUGGGCUCUACACCCUCCACAGGGUUAUGCUGUCGUGCCGGGCCAUCAUGUUUGGCCAGUACCACUUAGUUGAAACAGGAAGGUUUGCAGUGUGGCUACUUUUCAUUGCGGUCACUGCUUCCAUUGCCUUCGUGCUGGGCAUGCUCAUUGGCAGCUACAAUUACCAGACGAACAUGCGCUCGAUCUUCGAUGUGGUGUCGCUGAACUCAUACGUUGAGGUCAAUCCCGCAACGAUGAGGGGCCAGGAGCUGAUGGACGCAGGCAAGGUCCAGUUCGUAGCAGGAGCUGGCCUGGACUUCCACCUGGCCAAUGGGUUCAAGAACACUGACAUCUUUUGUGUCGCACCCAUAACCGUGAACAACAUGGUGCUGGCUUCCUAUGACUUCUGGGCGGUGGGCAAGAAUUGUUGUUCCGAUCAGCAAGCAGACUUCAAGUGCGGAGCGUACAACAGUGAUGGUCCCAAGGGAGGCUUGAGGAUAACCAGCGACGAGGAUCGAGACUUCUACAGGCUUGCAGUGCAGCAGGCCGAAUCUGCUUAUGCAAUCAAGGCCAUCCACCCGCUCUUCUUCGAAUGGACUGCGGACUCCUCCAAACAGGUCUUGGACGAUGAACGUGCUGGAUACCAAGUGUUUCUCAUGAGCAUCAUUGCGCACUUCCUUUUCCAAGCCUUUCUGGUCUUGAUAUCAGUUGCAUGUUUCACAAAGUACAGAUUCGAGUGA